AGUGUGCCAGCUGCUUUUCCACUUAUAUGGUAGGUGGCAGUGUGCUUGUUUUUAUGGAUGCAGAAUCUGAGGUUCAGCAAGGUUGAGUCACUUGCACAAGGUGAAGUAGCUGACAAAGAACAGGAUUUGAACCCAGCCUCCGUGUGUGAAAGGUUAUGUAGCAUUAUCCUCCUUGCCCUGAUGAGGGCACUGAAACAAUGAGAGGUUAACUGACUCGCCCUGGGCUGCAGAGUAAGUAAGGCUGACUCCACCGGAAAGGCUGCUGCCCGUAACUCCUGCUUUCCUCGCCGAAGAGUCACAGAGCCAGGGCUGCCUCUGGGAAGCCCUGUCAACAGAGGCAGGGAUCCGUGGUCACCUCCCUUGUCCUGGUCUUCCUGGAUGGAACGAGAAGAUAAACGGGGCGUGUGUGAAGCCCAGGACUCAGAAGACAAGGGGAUGGGCUCUGAUUUUGAGAACUCUGAAGACGGGGAAGGGGACCCAGAAGACAGAGGAAUGGGCUCUAACCCGCAUGAUGCAGACAAGAGAGAAUGCCACCUGGAGCAGGAGAUGGGCUCCAACCCACAGGAUGAAGCUCUAAGAGGGGACUCAGAGGAGAGGGAACUAGUGUCUAACAUCUGCACAGAGGGGCUGCUGAGCGAGGAAGAAGGGGUUGCUCUCCGUGAGGAAGACGAUGACCAAGCUGGAGUAGCUGAGAUGGCGAUGUUCGCAGGGCUGUCUGAGUCCAUCAGCAUUUCCCGGAGCCCCCAGGAAGAGGGGGAAGAGGAGCAGCCGCCUCCUGCCGUGCUUCCCUGGAGGCGGCACCUCUCCCUGGGGAGUCGACACCGGGGUGACAAGCCCGCCCACCGCCGAUUCCGCCGGCUCCACCACCCCAUGGCCAUGGACCUCGGGGAGCUCGACAGCCUGAUGGCCAGCAUCAUGGAUGCGCCCACCAUCUGCCCCGACUGCGGGGAGAGCUUCAGCCCGGGCGCCGCCUUCCUGCAGCACCAGCGCAUUCACCGCCUGGCGGAGGCCGCCGCGGCCGCCAGCCUGGAGCCCUUCGGCUUCGCUGGCGAGUGCGGCGGGGUGGUGGGGAUGAUGGGCGUGGGCGUGGCGGGGGGCUUCGGGGCGGGGCCCGCGCUGGCCCGGCCCCCGCGCGAGAAGCCCUUCCGAUGCGGGGAGUGCGGCAAGGGCUUCAGCCGCAACACCUACCUGACCAACCACCUGCGGCUGCACACGGGCGAGCGGCCCAACCUGUGCGCCGACUGCGGCAAGAGCUUCAGCUGGCGCGCCGACCUGCUCAAGCACCGGCGCCUGCACACGGGCGAGAAGCCCUACCCCUGCCCUGAGUGCGGCGAGGCCUUCAGCCUCAGCUCGCACCUGCUGAGCCACCGGCGGGCGCACGCGGCGGCCAGCGGAGCGGGGCCGGCGGCGCUGCGGCCCUUCGCCUGCGGGGAGUGCGGCAAGGGCUUCGUGCGCCGUUCGCACCUGGCCAACCACCAGCGCAUCCACACGGGCGAGAAGCCGCACGGCUGCGGCGAGUGCGGCAAGCGCUUCAGCUGGCGCUCGGACCUGGUGAAGCACCAGCGCGUGCAUACGGGCGAGAAGCCCUACAUGUGCUCCGAGUGCGGGGAAACCUUCAGCGUCAGCUCUCACCUCUUCACGCACAAGCGCACGCACUCGGGUGAGCGGCCGUACGUGUGUCGCGAAUGCGGCAAGGGCUUCGGGCGCAACUCGCACCUGGUGAACCACCUGCGCGUGCACACGGGCGAGAAGCCCUUCCGCUGCGGCCAGUGCGAGAAGCGUUUCAGCGACUUCUCCACGCUCACGCAGCACCAGCGCACGCACACGGGCGAGAAGCCCUACACGUGCAUCGAGUGCGGCAAGAGCUUCAUCCAGAGCUCGCACCUGAUCCGCCACCGCCGCAUCCACACGGGCAACAAGCCGCACAAGUGCGCCGGCUGUGGCAAGGGCUUCCGCUACAAGACGCACCUCGCGCAGCACCAGAAGCUGCACCUGUGCUAGGGCUGCGCCCGACGGAGGCUGCGCACUGGGGGGCGGGGCGGGGGGCUAGAUGUCCUGGGGACAGACCCUGUAGAAAGAAAUGGGGAAGGGGGGAGGGGCAAUCGGAGAAUGACUGGGGAGCCUUGAGGUGUUGGGGGUCCUGAAGGGGAGGGUUGAGUAAGAGUUGUUCUUUCGGGGGUGCUGUAUUUUGCCUGCCUCCUCCGUAACGAAGAAAUGUUUGGGAGGUGUGCUUGAGCGUGGCGACAUACACGCUGUGGAGGAUGAAGAGCGUGGAGGUGCAGGCACUUUGAGGACCUUGAGGAAGGGGAGUUGGGGGUGGGGGAGGGUACGGGAUGACGGGCAAUAGAGUAGCUUGGGCAGUGAUGGCCCGUGGGAAGCGGGGAGAGCUGGGAGAGCCUGUGGUUGGAGUGAGGGUUACGGGGUAAAGUGAAAGGCGGGUGUGAGUAAUUCUGUCCUGGUUUCAGCAGGUAUUAAGCCACUGUUUGCCCUGUCCGCACACAUCAGCUAUAGUCCCGCGAAAAGUAGAGGAACUUUGUCCGUCCUACAGGAGUGGAUAUUUGUGUGCUCUACCCUUCCUUCCUCUGAGCCACAGCUAGCUGCUAUUUUGAGGUGUCCAGGGGAAACUGGGCAGAAAAGCUACGCACCCUCGUCUCCAGGGUGGAACCUCUGAGGUUUAGAAAUUCAUUCACAACUGGUUUUCAGAUCUGGGAAAUCGUGGUCCUGCUCCUGGUUCUUUGCUACUUCCUUUAAAAUAGUCUAGCUUCAUGCUGGGUCAAGGUAGUCUGUGUGGAUGACCAGACCCCUGCCCCCGGUGUCAGGUGUGUUCCAGGCCCAGUAUUUCUUUCAGGUCUCAUCUGUGAUCUUUUUAAGUGCUGGGAAAUGGAACAGUCGCAGCUAUGUGUGACUUUUCCUUUCCCAGGUCAGCUUGAUGCUUGUUUCAAGUGAAACUCAGGCCAUCAACAGUUGCCCCAGCGACCUGCUACAAAAGUCAGUUUGCUCAGAGUUUUGCUGGCCUUAUGUGAGAAAUCCAGGAAAGCAAAUGUUCCCAUGUUGGGGCGCCAGGCCCCUUCGUCUCAUCUGCCUUCAUUUUGUAUCUGUGUACCCCUCCCCCUCUGCAGUAAUGGGGGAGAUAUUCGAACCCAUACCCCCACCCAUGUUGAUAUGGGCUCUGGUCUGAGUAGAAAUUUCUCUUUCCUGCACAGGGCGGCACAGUAGAAAGCUCAAGACUUUACACAAGGAGGGCACAAGCGGGAAGAGGUGUAAAUGCAAAAUUGCCACAUAGCACAAGCAACGAAUGUCUUCCGGUUGUUAUAUAAAUGCCAAAAUAGCACUUUUGUAUUUCGAAAGUGCUUUCUGCUUUUUAAUGCUUGUUAGUUGUUUCUCACGUCUUUGUGAGGUAGAACAGUAUUAUGACCCCUGUCUUAGGGAAGGCCUGGGGACAGGCGUGGGACAGGUAGUUCUGAAGAGAGGCUGAUGACUGUGCAUAGGUGUGGUCUGCCCUUUGGUGCUCUCCAGCUCAGCUGCUAGGAAGACUUACCUGUCGUGAUUUCUAUAAUAAGGACACUGAACAUUCUUAACGCUUGAUGGAACACUCAAGGCUAGUCUAGAAGGGCCAAAGAUGUCCUUGUUGACAAAGCUGGUCUUUGUCAUGUAAUUAGAGUGUCCUAGAUAUGUUCCAUUUCUAGUAGGGGCUAUAGUUAGAUGACUCUUGUAUAGACUUCAGUUACCUAUGCUGAAAAUCCCUCCCUUAGGUUAGCCUUUAGAAGGUAGAGUUGUGGAAAGCAGUUUUGUUUUCUUUAUUAGCAGUUGUUAACCUAUACUUUUCAUGGAAGCAUCUUCACAAACUGUUGGACACACUUGAAGGGAAAAAAAAAACAAAACAACCCACAAGAUUGUUUUUACGGUUUUAGCAAGCUUUCUAUGGAUGCUGGUAAUUUAUACUUGAUCAGUUGUAUUCUAGCAAAGAACCUCUUUGGGGACUCUAGGAAAGCAUGUUUUUGCCAUCAUAACACUUAAAAAAAAAAAAACCCUGAGAAUUCUGGGCUUGUAUAAUGCCUGUUGAUCUUGCCCUCUUAAUCGGUUUGUUGUUAUUCACAAAUGCAAAUAGAUUUUCAAACUACAGAUAGUUUUGGAAGAUACUAAUUCCUUUUUAUUUUAGUCAAGAGUAAUCUGAGCAAAGCAAGUGUCCGUUAUUUAUUCUGACUCUUGUAGUCUGAAUACCAAGUGUAUGAGACUCACAUGAAAAUAAUAUAGCCAAUUUGUAGGUAAUCUUAUUACUUUGUGUUUUUUUAUGCACAUCUACCUCUUCCAGCUGUUUUAAGUUCUCUUGAGUCUGUGCCUAUGAAAUCUCAUCCAACUUUUGAUUAUUCCUGGGUUUAUGAUCCACAUUCUGGGUCACUUGGUCUUUUGCUGACUUUUCAUACGAUUGCACAGUCUCUAGCAGCAACUUUCGAGCAUGGGUUCAAAGGGGAGAGGAGAUUGAAGCUAAUGUAAAAUAAUUUACUGGCAGUGGAAUUCUUUGGAUUUCACUGACCCACUCUGUUCUUUCUGUUACCAUAGAUAAGAAAGCCAGCCACUACUUCACUAUCCCUUCUGUGACCACAUCCCUCAGCAGAAGAAAACAGUCCAGGCACCAAACACCCCACUCUCAUGGUGCAGCUAAAAUGUGAUUCCAUUUUUCUUACAAUUCUUCAAGGAACAUAGCUGCAUUAAGUGAGGUUUGGUGCAUUCAGGAGGUUGUUUCUUGUAUCUAGUUUUAGAAAAAUAGUAUUUCUAAAGCAAACCCUGGUAACUGGUUCACCCUUGAAAAUGUUACUCUGAAGAUUCCUUCCACCAACUCAUUAAUGAUGGUGGAGGCAAAUGUAUCAUUUAUUUCCUGGGGAGUUUGGUCAAGUGCAGGCUGCCCUUUACUGAGAAGAAGCUAGAGCAGUUUUAAAUAGGUUAAAUGGCUUGAUUAAAUAUUGAGCUCUGAGCUGGAAGGAGAAGACGAGAAGUUAACCCCUUGAGCCAUGUGGCCUCUUCAAGAUCCAGAGGCUGUACAUAUGUGAAAAAGUACAAAUUAAGAACCUGUGUUCGUAGACAAUCUGAACUGUGUUUCUGAAGUUUGUGCACAUUUUCCUUCACUGUAAUGUUAUUUUACAGCUGUUUGUUAAAAUGGUGAAUAAUUUAAUGAUCCUAAAAGUAACAGGUUUUGUGUGCGUGUGUGCUUGUGUAUGUGAGAAUUGCCUUAUUUUCAGGUUUUAUUUAAUGAUGGUUCCCUGGACAGCAUUGUGGUGUUCAGCAACCAGUAUGGAAUAUUUGUCAUUAAAUCCGGAUCAGUCUUUUACCAUGUCAGUCUUUCCUUUUUACUUGUCACCCAUUAGAUAUCACUCAAUUCAAUCUACAGAAGGUGUGCUCUGGUAGAACAGGAGUGAGCAAACUACCAAAUCCAGCCUGUCCCUCUGUAUGAAUAGAAUUUUGUUGGAAUACAGUUCUACCCAGACAGCCUUCCUGACAUAGUGUCUAUGGCUGCUUUUGCACUACAAUGGCAAGGCUGGGUAGUGGUGACAGAGGCUACGUGAUCCACAAUUCGAAGGUAUUUAUGAUCUGG